UGAUGUUUUUACUGUAAAGUAAAAUAGACUGUAAAUAAAAAUGUUUUUAUUUUUUUUGUGACCGUCGUGCUUAGAGUAUCUACAUAAUAUAAAUAAUUUGUCGUGUCGUAUUCGUAUGUCUUCUCCUUCAUCAGUAUCAGUUUUUGACUUGUAUUGUUUGCUAUGCACGUAGUUCUGUAUGUAAAAAUCAAAAUGAGAUUGCUACCAAUAUUCAGUAGAAAACUGUCUCACGUUUGUAGUUUAAAGCCAUACAAGGAGACGAAAUGGCUAAUGCCAAAUGGGAACCCCACGGGUAUCUAUAUUUACAACUGCGUCGCCGAUCAGCGCGUUCCUGUAAUUCUGAGUGACCCUCACGUAGCUACGUGGUACUCCUGUGGCCCUACGGUGUACGAUUCUGCACAUAUAGGCCAUGCAAGCUGCUAUGUUAAACUGGAUAUUGUUCAAAGAAUCCUCAAAUCUUUCUUCAAUAUAAAACUUGUCACUGCUAUGGGAGUCACUGAUAUUGAUGAUAAGAUAAUAAAAAAGGGCCAAGAAACUAAAACCAAUUUCAGAGCGAUAGCAAAACAAUACGAGCAUGAAUUUUGGACAGAUUUGGCCAGCCUCAAUGUGGAAAAACCAAUGAUUAUUACUAGGGUGUCUGAACAUAUUAGUUGUAUUGAACAUUUUGUACAAAAGAUAAUAGAUUCUGAUAUGGCUUAUGUAGCUGGCGAUGGAUCUGUUUAUUUUGAUACAAGUAAAUUCCCUGCAUAUGGUAAAUUGCAGAAAAUGCAAGAUUCAGGUGAGCCAAGCAGUAGUGAUAAACGAAACAAAAUGGAUUUUGCCAUUUGGAAAGGUGAAAAACCUGGGGAGCCAAGUUGGGAAGUCUCGUGGGGCAAAGGCAGACCUGGAUGGCAUAUUGAAUGCUCAGCAAUGGUGAGCAAGGUUUUUGGCUGUCAAUUGGAUUUUCAUGCUGGUGGCAUCGACCUACAAUUCCCGCACCAUGAAAAUGAGGAAGCUCAAUCUUGCGCAUUUCAUAACACUAAGCAAUGGGCUAACUAUUGGAUACAUGUCGGCCAUUUACAUGUCUCGGGUGACAUAAAAAUGUCAAAAUCACUGAAGAAUACAAUAUCAAUAGCAGAAUUGUUAAAUUCAUACAGUGCAGACACAUUUCGUAUGGCGUGUCUAAUGUCAAACUACAGAUAUCCAAUAGAGUACAAUGAAAAGGUAAUGAGAACAGCUGAAGAUGUCCUCAAGAAAUUCAAAUUCUUUUUAAAAGAUGCCGAAGUUUAUGUUAACAGUACUGCAUUUGAAAGUGGUGACUACAAGGACAAAUUAUUGAAAGAUUUGCAGAAAAUUGAAGAAGAUAACUUGGAAGCCUUAAAAGCAGAUUUCGACACUGCAACAUGUAUUAGUAACCUGCAAAAUUUGAUACAGAAUACGAAUAAACUUAUGAAAAUGGAUACAAAUGGGUACUAUCCGGUACCUGUGUUACUGAUUGCUGAUUAUGUUACAAACGUUCUUAUGAAAUUCGGACUAACAUUGAAGCAAUCUUCAGAAGAUACUGUAUCAAAUUCAUUGAUUGACACUUUGGUUGAAUUCCGGCAAGUGGUCAGGCAGAAUGCUUUAUGUAGAAAGGACAAGGAAUUACUAAGUGCAUGUGACGUCGUUAGAGAUAAAAUGAAGUCAAACAAAGUUCAAAUCAAUGAUAGUAAUAAAGGGCCUUCAUGGGUAUUUGUAAAGUGAUUGUUGAAACUUUUAUUUGUGUAUAAACAAUGUAUAUUUUGUAUUUAUAAUCAAUAGAUUAAAUAUGGUUAUGUAUAUAUAUUUUGUUAUAAAAAAGACGGUAAAUCUAACUAUUUUAUUU